GGAAAAACUACAUGCCCCAUAAUUCCUAGGUUCUGAGGGCUGGGGCCAGAAAUGCUUUCAGUCCUUUCAAGUGACUGUAACUGGGAAACGAAGAAAGAAAAACACUUGCUAUGAAAUGGACACUGAAUGUUUCUUUGCAGAGAUGGAUAUGUCUCCCUUUCUUGUUUCUCUGCAGUGAAAUCUACUUCCUUUAUUCCUUUUUGUAAAAGAUGUGGUCGCUCAAGUCUUACAAUUGUGAGCAAUGUGGAAAUGAUUUCAUCAGCCGUACAGCCUUGAGGUAUCAUUUCCAAGCUAAGCACCUUGGAAAAAUUAGUUGUGAAAAAUGUGGUAAAGAAGUUUUAAAAGAGAUGCUUCAGAAUCAUGAAGAGGACAACCAGUGAGAAACCAGUGUGUUGCUGGGAUGUGCCUCAGAAAAGGGAAGCAAAAUUUGUGGCCAGAGAGGUGUCAACCUCCUGUAGGAUGUGCCGAAGGCAGUUUGGAACAAUCCACAGUAGAGAGCACCAUGAGGAACAAGAUCAUCAUUUCACAGCCAGCAAAAAAGCUCAAAUGUCCACUGGGUUUUCACCUGGGAACAUCUUGGAGUAUAGAACUCCACAAGAAUUACAAGCAUUUGUGCAAGAAAAGCUUCGACCUAUCUCAGGCCCUGUGAGCCUUGCCUGUGCUGUAGAAAUAGAGGCAAUUAUUAGUGUGAUCAAGGAAUACUUCCCAUUGCCAGUAGCUCGUCUAAUCAAGGGAGGCUCGUAUAUAAAAGGAACGGAUACUCAAGUCUGGUCAGAUGUUGAUAUAGUGCUAUUUAGUGAAGCCUUUGAAAAUCUGGAGGACUGCAAAAAGAAAUUGCCAGAAGUUAUAGAUGAUUUAGGAAAAAGACUGAAGAAGUCUUCAUGGGCCAGCAGGAUAACGAUGAAGAAAAGGACCCAGUUCUCCUUACGAUUUAAUUUCAAGCGCUAUAAGAAUCUCCACAGUCACUCAUUUGAUAUCAUGCCCUGUUAUGAAAUGCUGGGGCCUGCGCCAUCAACAGGUUUAAAAUGGAGCUUUUACCACAAUCUCUAUCUCUGCCACGAUACUGACAAAAUCCAGCUGUACACGAUGUCUCUGCUGCCAUACCAGGUUGAGUUUAUCAAGGAAUGCACUGUGCAGGUGAAGGAUCUGAUACGCUUGGUUAAGUAUUGGUUCAGGACUUCAUUUGCUAUGCCAACGGAACAAAAUAGGUUUCGCAGACUUCCUUCUUGCUAUGCUGUAGAGCUCAUCACAGUCUACAUCUGGCAGCUGGCUGGGAAACCAAUAUUUUUCAGCCUUGUUCAGGGCAUGAGAGCUAUUCUAAAACUCCUGGUCCGGUAUUCUGAAAUCUGCAUCAUUUGGUACAAACACUACAGCCCCCAUUGCACAACUUUCAAAAAGGUGUUGAAGAAACAAACCAGAAAACCUUUCAUAAACAGAGGGGCAGAUCAGUAGGGGGUGCUUUUGUGUGGUUGCACCUCUGUUUUGGCCCAUGCUGUGGAAGCAGCAGCUGGGGACUUUUACUGAAUCAGGUAAGAAUCCAUGUGCGCCCACCCGUCCCCCCCCUUCCUUCCUCAUCAUUCUCAGAGGCACAUCCCCUUUUCCCACUCACCACUGCUGCUGUCCCCUGCUGACCCAAAGGGAGAGUGCCCCAGAGCCUCUCCAGUCAAGCUGCAUGGUCCUCCUCCCUGUCUGAUCUCCAGGGGUGUUCCUCACUAGACUAGGCGCACAGUUGGGGAGGAGAAACCCACUCACCACUGCCAUUGUCUCCAGCUGAGCUCGGCUUCCUGUACAGUCCUACUGGAGCAGAGCAGAAGCAGCUUUGGAGCUUCUCCCACCCCUGGGUCAGCUGGGUACAGUGGCUUGGCAGGUAGGGGAGGGAAAGAAAGGAAGGGAAGGGGAGGGAGGGGGCACCAAGAAAGUGGGGCAGGAUUCUUACUUGAUUCAGGAUUUAAAAAAUGUCUCUGGCUGUGGCCUUUACAGUGUGGUCUGCCCACCCCAGUGUGUGGUGGGGAGGCUGGAAGGAGGAGUGCAGCCUCCCCUGAAGUGUUGAUCACUGCUUCAGCACUCCCUUUUACAAAAUCCUGGAUCUGCCCUUGCAUAUCCAUGAUGCCAAAAAUUUUAUAAUAGUUUUAAUAUUUAUAAUGGUAUGAAUAUUGUCCUAAUAAUCUCAUGCAUCUUGACAGAAUUCUUAAGUAUUGAACUUCCUUUUCUGGUCUACAGUAUGCAUUUUAAUAAUUUUGUUAGCACUUGUGCUACAUAUUUUCUCUUCAAUCAGUAUUCCAGCUUUGGAUAGCAGUAAUUCAGAGAAUGUAGUUAAUUAUAAUCUGCAAACCAAACUACUCUAUAUCCCCUAGCAUUUUUUCAUUAUUACUUCCUUAAUAUAUUUUAUCUGUUUGUAGGUACAAUCUAGUUUGUACUUUUCAUAUAAGUGAGUUGUGUACGGUAUAUUCAGUAUAACAGGAACUUGCACGUGUUGAAAUUUGUAGAAAAUGUUGUGAAUGUGAUAUAUCUGGGUCAGGCUAGAUGAUCUGUUCAGGUCCCUCCUGACCCUAGCUACUACGAUCAUGAAAGAUGCUCAAGAGACGCAGUUAAAGCUGCAUAUGCAUGUAUGACUACCAUUUUUUUUCUUUCAUGUACUUAUUAAAAAUACUUGUUAUUUAAAUACUAGCUUGAAGAGAGAGAGAAAUUGGAAAAGGUAAACAGAUGAUGCUAUGUGAUGCCAAUAAUGAAAAUUAGUUGAGAAUGAAAAGCUCAAAACUCCUCCUGCCUUAACUUCAUGGCCCAUGCAUUAUCAAAUUCACUCCAAACUGUGCUUUCUUUGCUCAUUGAGAGGGUAAGCAGGCCUCUUGGGAGGCUUGCUUAAGGUAUAACUUCAUAAAGGAAGGAGCAGGAGGAUGGGGAUAUAAGAGCCCUUCUACACGUGCAGAUAAAGGCAAGAUGGGCUCGAAUGUGCAAUCCACGAAUCAUCACACAUGCAUGGCUAGAAGUGUGAAUGUGGGAUCACAUAUUAGAUCCCAUCAUGACUUAGUGCCAGUGCAGGGGGGAGCCUGAUCCUGGGCUCUGCCCUGCAUGUGCACAUGGCAGGAGACAUAACGGUGAGAUCGUGUAUUAGAUUCCAUUGUACCUUAUUGCUGGUGCAGAGGAAGCCUCAUCCCAGGCUCCCCCUGCACUGGCAAGAAGCAGGCACUCAUGGCUGGGAGCCCCAUUGUGGGGUUGCUCUAAGGGUUCUCCCAGUCUGGGGGUGUGUGGCGUGCCCCUACAGCUGGAGGAUUGCAGCAGCUACCGUCUCCCAGCCCUGGGACUGCGUGGGGUGCCCCUGUGGCUGAGAGAUCACAGGGCAGUGCUGGGACCCAGUGUCCACAGUUGAGGGACUGUGUCCCAGCACCAUGGAGUGCUGUUGGGACCCUCACCUGUGGGACUCCUAGUCUUCGCUGAGCAUGGUGCACCCCUGUGGCUGAGAACCUGGUCAGUCAUUGGGGCUCCCAGCCACAGGGGCAGACCUUGCUACAUGUGCAAAUUAAAACUGCAUAGCAACCAGCUGUAGAGUUAGUACAGAUUUUUGAGGUCUAAUUGGAGCUUUUUAUGGCAUGAUAGCUACUUUGCACAUAUAGCUGGUCUCCACAAUUAACCACUUAAUUAUGCAAUUAUUGUAAAGUGUAGAAGGAACCUACAUCAUUGUUAAGGACACUAGUGAAGUAGAAAUAGAAUAGAUGAGGCAAAAAUCCAAUGAUGUCUUAUUUUAGGCACCGGAUAUAUCUUCAAUUACCUUGAUUUUUACAAUAUAUUUGAAACACCAGUUUUCUUUAAUUUUAAGAUAAAAACAGUUACUUACUCAUGAUACUGGACUAACUCUGCAUUGGCUAUAUAUCUAAAUCAGUACUAUAUUUGAGUCAUACUAAAUGGAUCUCAGAUUUGGUAGUGACAUCUAUAUUGAUUCUUAUCUUUUCUUUCUCUCUCAGGCCAUUUGUUUUGGAUCCUGCAAACCCAACUUUUAAUGUGUGUGAGAACAGCAAUGCCUGGGAUGAAGUGGCUCAUGUAGCAAGAC